AUGACAAAUGACAUUGGGACACUGGUAACGAAGGUGAAGCUGAAGCAGAAGCAGCAGGAGGGAAUAGCGGAGAAGCGGAGUGGGAGGAGGGGGCCAUGGAGCGUGGUGGGAUCAGCUGCUGCUGCGGUGGUGUGCUGCCUGGGAGCCGUUGCUGCUGCAGGCGGGGGAGGUGGAGGGGGGAUGGAGGGGGUGGUGCUGCCUAGUGUGGCGGUGUGGCAGCUGGGGUAUGUCGCCAGCUUUGCUACCAAGCUGUCUGACACUGCUGGGAGCGAGAUUGGCAAGGCGUUCGGCAAGCGCACGUUCCUGGUGACUUCCUUCCAGCCUGUUCCCAGGGGUACAGAGGGCGCAGUGAGUCUUGAGGGAACGUUGGCAGGCCUGGCAGCUGCUGUGGUGCUGUCCGCUGCUGCUCUGCUCACCGAUCAGGUGAAUUUCAAGAUUGUGGUUUAA